CUUAUGCGGGGCCUACUUGGUGACACACAUUAGUGUUUUUUUCCCCGCAGUUGUAGCGUAAUUGUGAAGGUGUGGAGACGUGUGCGCGUUGCGUGCGCGCGCUGUAUUUAAACUCAGCGGGAGGCCCCCCCUCAUCUCUCCCCUCGAUGGGAGACAUUCUUAGAGGAAAAAACAUCGAAACUUUUAUUACCGAAGAAAUGAAAGACCUCGGGUCGUCCAGCAUCAAUAAUGUCCACGACUUCCUCCAAGAUACGCAAAUUUUUCUGGAUCAAACGUUGGCAAAGGAGAAACUGUCUCGGUUGGCUCUCGAGCACCGCUCUCGACUCGCGACCAAAGUGACCUCACUGAUAAAGGAAUAUGAAAAUCAUCAAAUGGAAAUGUACAUUGACAUGUCACCUGCACUGAAAUCAUUUUUUCAUUCAUCUGACGGUGCUUCUUCCGACAAUAAUUCCGAUAAAGAUCCUGUUACCAUUGCCGAGGACUUUUACGAUGUUCCAAACAGGGAAUCAAUUUCCGAAUUUGAACAGCCUGUAGCCGAAGAUCAGUGCGACGCCCCUCCGAUUACCAAUCCGUUACCACCAGCACCAGAGACGAAGAAGAAGGGAUUUAUGCAUCGAUUAUUAAAAACCCGAAGUAAAGCGUCGGAUUUAUCUUUACCUUUCGCUAUGGCGGCUGCCAAGGCUCAACGCAUUCGGCCACCCCCUGAGGACGAGGACGACAAGAGCCGGAAGGAAAGUGUAGAUUCAGAAAUUUUGUAUGACGACGCCAUGACCAUGAAGACGCCAAGGGAGGAAGAAAUUCAUUAUGACGAUGCUUCCGCUACCCCUCAAGAUUCUGAAAAUUCAAAACAUGUUUACUACAAUGAAACGGGCGUCAAGACAACACAUGAGGAAGACCUGACGUAUGACGACGCUUUCCGAGUCAUCGACACCAACGAAGAAUACGAGUACGUCGCUAACGAAAGUAUUUCUUCUGUCCGCGAAUUACAAAGCAACAACAACGACAGUGAUGGCGUCUCCAUGAAAAGCGGAGUCAGCGAUUAUGGGGCUAACGCUCCCAGUCAUCGGUGGCAUAUAGCUGCAGUAGACGCUAAAGCUCAGGCCUUACGAUUUGGCUACAUGAAACGCCGUAACGGUCGGAAGCUGCUGUCCGCCUGGCGUCACUGUUACUCCGUGCUUCUUCCUGCGCACCUGUUGAUGUACGCCAAUGAUGGAGACAACCGUCCUCGGAUUGUUAUCGACCUAACUGAACCAAACAUUAAAGUUAAAAGAGUUGUAAAGCAAGGUGUCGACACUAAACGACUCAAGACGCAUCCGUUCGUUCUGCUGCACGAAGGUCGAGCUCUUUACGAGAUGUCCACCAAAAGCCGUGAUGAGACAGACGAAUGGAUCAUGGCUCUUCAGGCAAUUCUUGUGCAAGUCGGUGAUUCAUUCGAGUUGACAACCAUGAAGACAAACGAGGACUAUGACAGCGACACUGACCAACCAGUAGAGAACAAACAAAAGGAAUUACAGAGUCGGAUGGAUAGUAUUCAAGGGCGGAAUCUUCCAUCGCUGCCUGCAAGAGAACAAGAAAAUAAACCUCCACAGUUGCAAAAGACUGCCAAACCCAAUAAUGGCAGUAGAAUGGCUACUUUGUUUAGAUUAAGAGGUAAAAGUAGCAGUAGUGAAGAAGAGCAAUCCAGCAAACGGCAGAGCGUCGAUAGUUUCAUGUCCGCUGAAGAUGAUGUUUAUCAAGAACUACCAAGUCCAGCCGCAUCGACGACCCCUUAUUCCAGCAUCGAAAAUCUAAAGCAAUCAAGCGAGGAUAUUUACAACAGCGUACAAGAUGUUGCAAAUCUUUCUGCACAUGAUCUUUCGACCGGCGCAACACCAGCCGUAAGUCCGGUUCGAUGUGUAAGUAUUAACCACUCUCGCAGUCUUUCUGAUGGCCUCGUUACAUGGCCAAAUGCACCCCCAGAAAACCUUCCAGUAUACGACGUGCCGUCUCCCACAAUUCGGCCGUUAAGCACUUUACGCACAUUACCGGAUGAAGAAGAGUCCAACGUCUUGACGGUUGUUCCUAAGCGGCAGAAACGAAGUGGCUUAGUUUCAAAUCAACAAUCAUGUAAACUCACAAGCUUUGGGUCUGUCAAUGCCGUCUCCGACAGCCCAGAAGUAUAUGAUGUCCCAGUAACUAACCCCAGGCGAAUUUCCAUGGCAGAAGUUGAAUCAGAAGCCUUGAUAGCGUAUGACCAUGUGACGACUCCACCUCGAACUGUUGUUCCAGCUCCAGAACUGAGUCCGCCACCAUCAGCUGAACCUGCCACAAAGAAAAUUGCUCGUUACUGGCAGGAAAAAAUCAGUCAGGCAGAUAAACCAUCAAGCAAUUUUAAAAAGGAUACCUCACCGCCAACAAAAUGCCUUCCGAAGCCGUCCUCAGUAGUAACAUUACCGGAAACAAAAUCGGUAGGGCGGUGUUUUUCUCGGGCAUCACCUCAGAGACUACCGCUAGCAUCGCUGACAGAGUUAUUGGCUUCUUCGAAAAACGGCAUUCAAGCUCCAGCGAAAUUUUCGUUUCAAACUAAUGUUGCCAAUACAAACAGGAAUAUGACUUCGUCGUUCGGAAGUAAAAUUGGAAGUAAACCGGAGAAUACGUCCAAUUCUACUUUUAAUCUCGAAAUAAAAGGUAGCAAUACCGACUGUUCUUCCAAGAACAAAAAGGAACCACCUCCACGACCUCCGGUACCAGUUCGCACACCUUUGGCCAAUAAGGCGAGCGAACCUGUUAACGUGGCAGAUGAGUUGAACCGACAACUCAUGAAACGCGCCAUUAAAAACGGAGAAUUAACUGAACAAUCUUCAGUUGAAUCAAAAAUUAUCAAUAAGAAAAAGAUGUCAAGUUUAAAGUCUGGGCAAGAUCAAUACAAAGCCAGAUGGGCGUAUGUUGCCACAAACAAUUUAGAGUUGUCCAUCAACAGUGGUGAGAUUGUGCAGGUGCUCACCAAAAGCGACGUCAGCUGGCUAGUCCAAGCUAGAAACAAGAAGGGUCUUGUUCCUAAAGAAUAUCUCGUCCCCAUAGCCACAAAUGUGUUGUCCUUGACCAAAGUCGGGGACACUCCAAUCACAGUUUGAACAACGAAGCCUGCUACAACACACGACGUCUUCUUUUAAAAUUAAUGGUUCAUUUUCCUACGCGAACUUUUUCCUGCUUGACCCAUCGAUCUUUCAUUUUAUGUAUAAGAUAAAGUUUUUCAUAACAUAAGAAUUUGGUCCAUGUCCUGAAUAAACAAUAUAUAUUGAA